ACAUUUCAACAACUCAUCGAUAUUCAGUAGCCUAUAAUGGUAAUCGAUAUUAUCAAAUAUCGAAAAGUAUCAAUAUCAAUAUUAUUUCAAGAUUGACAAAACUCGAUAUCAAAAGUCAGAACUUCAAAAUCAAAAAAUAGGCCUAACAGUUUGUUAAUUUGUUCUCAUUUUUUUCCGCAUCUUAAAAGUUUUGAAGUUUGCAAGUUUUUCAAGAAGAUGGCGGCCUUUGUUGUGAAGGAGGAGGAUGAAAGCAGCCAAGAAUCUGCUUCAGAGUGCAGCACUGGCUCUGUAUGGUCUUCAUGGUCUAAAAUUGAUAAUGACGUUGAUCAACCACAAGCAGACAUUGACUAUUCUCAAAAAAAUGUAUCAAAGGAGGCGGCGUGUAUGAAUCAAACUACUUUCCAAAGUAUGGAGUACCAAGUUUGUGGAAAAAUUGCAAAAGUUCUCGCUCACAGACUAGAAUAUGUUUCAACAACGUAUACACCACAAAUCGAAGUUCAGAUGGCAACAGUUGCAGUUAAGCAGGAGAAUGAUAGCAGCCAAUCAGAGUGCAGCUCUGAAUGGUCACCAAUCGAUACUGAUGAAGAUGAUGAUGAUUAUUAUUAUGAAUUCGAUGAAGAUGAUGAUGAUGAUAAUGAUGAUGGGGAUCAACAAAUAUUCAUCAAAGACGAAGCGAAUGACCUUCAAAAGGCAAAAGAAAGUUUGGAGGACGUUGAUUGCAGCUCAUCUGACCACGUUGAUGCAACAGAAGAAGGCGACAGUGCGCCGAACAUGCAUAACGCACAUGCUGUAAUGUCUCCUGCAAAAAAGUGCACUAAUGAUGUGGAGGCUGCACGUUACAGCUGUGCUAUCUGUAACUACAAAACUUCCCGGUUCUCUAAUUUGGAGGAUCACUUCAUAAAACACGAUGGAAAGAAAUCAUCGAAUCUUGAAUCAUCCAGUGAUUUCAAGAAACACUUGAAGAAACAUACCAGUAAAAUCCAUUUCCGUUGUGAGUUCUGUGAAUGUAAAUUUAGUAAGUGGAGUAAUUUUAAAAGUCAUCUCCAAACACAACAUGCAGAUGAAAAACCUUUCUGGUGUGAAUUCUGCACCUUCAGAUGCUCUCAUCCAAAAAAAUUGAAUGUACAUCGCAAAACACAUAAAGAUGGAACAUUUUUCAUUUGUAAAUUUUGUGAGUGUAAAUGCAAGAAUGCAAGUUUUUUAAAGAAACAUAUCAAAACACAACAUGCAGAUGAAAAACCUUUCUGUUGUGAAUUCUGCAACUACAAAUGCUCUCAUCCAAAAUAUUUGAAAGUACAUCUCAAAACACAUAACGAUAAAAAUCCUUUCAUUUGUGAAUUUUGUAGCGAUAAAUUCAGUAGUGUAUAUUUAUUGAAGAGCCAUCUCCGAACUCAACAUGCAGAUGAAAAGCCUUUCUGUUGUGAACUGUGCGACUACAGAUGCUCUGAUCCUAAAUAUUUGAAAUUACAUCGCAAAACACAUAAAGAUAAAAAUCUUUUCAUUUGUGAAUUUUGUGACCAUGAAUGCAAGAAUGGACAUUCAUUGAAGAGGCAUCUCCAAACACAACAUGCAGAUGAAAACCCUUUCUUUUGUAAAUUCUGCGCCUUCAAAUGCUCUGAUCCAAAUUAUUUAAAAGCACAUCUCAACACACAUAAAAAUGAAAAAUAUUUUAUUUGUGAAUUUUGUGAUAAAAAAUUCGAAAGUGCAAGGCUUUUAAAGAAGCAUCUCCAAUCACAUACAGGGGAAAAACCUUUAUGUUGUGAAUUGUGUGACUAUAAAUGCUCUGAUCCAAAAUAUUUGAAAAAUCAUGCUAGGAAACAUACGGGCGACUUAUUCAUUUGUGAAAUUUGUGGAUACAGAUGCUAUGCAUCAAGUUAUUUGAUAAAACAUCUCAGGAUUCAUUCAGACGAAAGACCUUUCAGUUGUGAAUUGUGUGACUUCAACUGCAAAGAUCCAUCGGCUUUGAGAAGACAUGUCGGAACACAUACAGACAAAAAACCUUUUAGCUGUGAACUGUGUGACUUCAAAACCUCUCAUCAAAAUUAUUUGAAUAAGCAUUUGAAAACACAUACAGGCGAAAAACAUUACAGCUGUAAACUCUGUGGCUAUAAAUUCAGGCGCUCAUGCCACUUGGCAGCUCAUAUGAGGACGCACACAGGUGAGAAGCCUUACAGCUGUAAACUCUGUGACUUCAGAUGCGUGCAGAUUGGUAGUAUCCAAUACCAUUUUCGCAAGCAUCAUAAAGACCAAGACUACAGUAAACUCUAUGACUAUAAAUGCUCUACAAAUUAGACUGGUUGUUUUCAUUAUCAUCUUUGCAGGGUACCAUAAAGAUGAAUAGAGGUUUGAAAGGAGAGUUCAUUGAAGAAUGAAUCAAUUAAUUUUACAGAUACUGAUUACGUUGAGGAGCUUUCUUCUCACCCACAUCCACAGAACUGAUGAUCUUGUGUAAAUGAUUUUGCCUUGAUAAGGCAUUAUAAAAUAUUAUACCUAAUUACACAUAUUAUUUCCAUAUAAAAAGUGUAAUGAAUCUCUUUUUUUAGCCAUAUAACAGUACAAACUAAGUAAAGAAGAGAAAGUACAAUACGACAAAAAUAGUAUUCUUCCAUACCUUGCCUGUUAGCUUACAAUUUUAUCAACAGAUUAAUUUAAAUCAUGAUUUUAUUUCAAUUCUAUGUAACACUGUAUGCUCUAAAAAAUGAAUUAAAAUGCUAUUUAUAGAUGUUAUUGCAUUGUAAUUCCAAUGUAACGAAUGAAAUCAUGUUCAAGCUUCUUGAAAAAUUUAGAUAUUGAAAAUAUUUUCAUUCACAUACCUGUUAAUAUAUUAAAAUCACUGACUUCAAGAAAUUUCCCUCCUCUCUAAAACUUGAUGACUGUUUUGUGUAAAGUAGGCUACUUAGCAAAAAUUAUUUUAUAGUGUUGUAUUUUUCUAAAUCUAAAAUGUAUUCUCUCUAAGCUCAAUUUCUUGUAGAUUACUUUAACAUCUAAACAUUUCCAAGUGCACAAGUUUUAUUUUCUUCCAACUACUUACCUAUAAUAAUAAUCUAGGCUGUAUAAAAUAAUGUAAGUUUAUCAAGAGUUUGGCUAGCUAUUACAUAGUACACAUCGAUUUUUGGACGUACGAUUUUUUGCCGUCUUUAUAAAUUCUAUUAGUACUUUCAUAAAAACUUUAGUAAUAUACAUUUUCAAUAAUGACACUUUUUUUAGAGAGAUUCAACACAGUCAUCUAACCAGAAACCAAACAAUGUCACGUUUAUUUAAUCCUACUAUUAUCAGUUUUCAAAGCCACAAUUCAUUUUACAUUUCCCAAUGCUUGUAUAGGAACCUUCCUCCAGAAAUAGUUGAGGCUGGGGCGGGCCGAAUCACUGUAGUGUUAAAGCGCAGAAUUUCUGAAUGGUUAAUGCAUGUUGGAUGGCAGAAUGCAGAGAAUCUAAUCAAAUCACCUUAUGUUUGAAAUUCAAAUUUUAAUUUGUUUUUCUUACCAAAUACAUUCUGCAAAAAGCCAUUCCGGCUGUUCUAGUGUGAUGAAAAUAAUAAUUAUUAAUAAAUUAUAAGAAUGGGUAUUAUAACAAGCCGAUUACCUCAUUUUCUUCCAAUGGAUCUAUCUUUUCUUCCUCCUUAAAUUUAAAUUGAUUGUUUAUAUGAUUAAUACUAAAAGUAUAUUGUAUAUGAUCUAUUUUUAUUUAAUUUACCGUAUGUUUCUUAUACUUAUAGCCCAAUAUUUUUUAUUGUAACACAGCUAAUUUUAAGAACUGCUCCCACACACGGACGUAAUAGUCUAUGUGGGUUCUAAUAUUCAUUUUAUAAUUGUACCAAAUUUUGGUAAUUGUGUUGUUAAAAUUGUAUGAUACGUGAAUAAAUAAAUUGAAAUUAUUAGAUUAAACAGAUUAUAUUUGUAAACUUCCGUCUAAUAUGAUAAAAUUUAUAAGGACGGCAAAAAAUCGAUGUUUGUGUAACUGGCUGUAGAAGUAAAGAGCAAUAUAUUCAUUUCAACAUUAUGUUAUGUAUAUGUGUAUCUGUGUAUGUGUAUAUGUAUCAUUUCAACACAAAAAUACAUUUUCUCUAGUUUUAGUUACUUGGAAGAUUCAUCUAACUGUUAUCAUUCACAAUUGCACUUGUUUGAUUUCCUGUAAGUGCCAUACUUAUAAUCUAGGCUGUCUAAAAUAUAAUGUUUAUGUUAGAAUAAAAUAGUUUUUGAUGAAAUUCAA